CUAAGAAAACACAAACCCGAGUUGUCUGGAAAAAGGGACGAAAGGGGUUUUAAAUUUUAAUUAGGGCUUUAACAUUGAGAAAGCGAAAAGGGUUUAGAUCCAGAAGCAGCAGCAGCAGCGAAGGUCUUUCAACUAACUGUAGCAUGGCGACAACUACUGGACUUGAGUCUCUUGUCGAUCAGAUCAUUUCGGUAAUCACCAAUGAUGGACGCAACAUUGUGGGACUUCUCAAAGGUUUUGACCAGGCUACUAAUAUAAUCCUGGAUGAAUCUCAUGAACGCGUCUUCUCCACCAAGGAAGGAGUACAACAACAUGUGUUGGGUUUGUACAUUAUCAGAGGCGACAACAUAGGUGUUAUUGGGGAGCUGGACGAGGAGCUUGAUGCUAGUCUGGAUUUUUCCAAACUGAGGGCUCAUCCUUUGAAACCCGUCGUGCAUUGAUUGAAAAAGAUAGUUAUGUUGAGUACUAAACAAAGAGAAAGAUUGCAAACAGUUUGGAUUAGUUUGUCUUGGAGUUGUGUGCUUUGUCUAUCCUAAGGUUCUUUCUAUGUCAAACGCUUUUGCCCUUGAAGAUCUUGUAAUUCCAAAUCGUAAUAGACUGGAUCAUUUGCGAUCCUAGCGAGACAUGAAUUUUAUCUUCAAAAACAGGUCUCCGUGAUGUUUUUUCCUUUCCCGGAGCUUUUUUAUUCCAA